AUGACAGAGAGUGAUGAAACUUCAAUUAUACCCUGUGUGGAAAUAAGUUACUUUGAUCCAUUUCAUCUGUUUGAAGGGCUACGAAAUGAAUUGGAACAGAGAUUGCCUUUGAUAAACCUUCAUUGGAAAUCAAAGGAAGGAACCUUAAAGACAAUUCCCAAAUUAAGAGUAGAUUUCAAGGCAUCUACUGGGGAAAAAUUGGUCGAAGAAUAUGUCUUAAAACCAUUUAUCAAUUGCGUUAUUGUUUCCUGUGAAUCCGUUGAAGAGUAUAGAUCUAAAAUUAGGCCAUUGAUAAAGAAUUGGCUACCUCUCCAAGAUGAUGUGUAUUGUACUAACAUUGCAAUUCUCCACUCGAACAAAGAGGUAAUGGACUCCAAUAUGUUCAAAUCUAUUUCCUUGAUUGAAAAGUUUAGCAAAGAUUUCCCAUCAUUAAAAACCAUCGAAACUAAAACUGUUUAUAAGUCCAAUGAAGAAAGAGAUUCAUUCUGGAGCGCUUUAAUCAAUAAACUAAAACAAGACUUACUUGAAGUAUUUGAAAGAAGGAUCCAAAUAUAUAGUUUGGCGUCCAAAAAUGAAACAGAUCCUGUUAAAUGUGUUAUGUUGCAUGAAAAUCUAUUGAAGAUAUAUUUGAGUUUUCAACUUUGUGAUGAAGCUAGUAAAGAAAUAUCAAGUUUAGAGAGCCUACUAACGGACUCUAAAAAGUUUCCUGUACCCCUUGGUGAACUGCAGAGUGCAGUGUUCAAUCAAGACAAUUUUACUGUAAACACAAUAAGCACUCUUCUAUCAAAAAAUGAAUUGACGUUUUUCCGUUUACACAAAUGCAUAGUUAGAGCACAACUAGAACUCUUUAUCAUCAGUUCCGAGUCUCGUGAUUCAGCAGAAAAGUUGAAUACUGCAUUCCAUAAUUUUAUUUGGAAAUUGUACAGUCAUUAUAAACAUGAUGAAAAAUGGUUACAAUUCAAAUACUCUCUCUACGAUGAAUUUAUUUACUUGAGUCUCUUUGACAGCAUUAAAUCAGAUUUUUUAAAACUCAUGCUUUGUGACCUAAAGAAUGAACAGAGGGAAUGUUGGAUACAGCUGGCAUGUUCCUCAAUGAAAUAUUCAAUCCCCCUUCGAGACUGUUACAAUCCUAUAAUAGCAAAAGUUGACCAAGAACUAAUUGAAAGUUUUCGCACUAAAGACCUGUUCUAUUCUAAUUUAUUAGAAAAAACCACCGCUCUUCUCAAGGAAUAUUCUGUAUAUACUUCCAAAAGACAAAGAGUUAUGGAUUGGUUGUCUAUUGACGUUGCAUUGGUUUACUUUGACAGGGGGAAUUAUCAAGAAUGCAUGACUAUUCUUCAAUCAUCUUAUGAUUUUUAUAUGGAAUCUCAUUGGCCAGUUAUUAGCACAUGGCUGUUAGAGUUCUACGUUGAAUGUAUUAAAAAAUCUACAGAUGUUGAAGUAAUAGAUGUUGAUGGAGACUUAGUUCCUAAGUCCAUUGUCUUGAGUAAUUCUUACUUAAACCUUCUCACAUCGAAGGGGGAUGCUGCAGGGCAUUGGUGGGAUGAAUUUUUGAAUUGCAAUACUGAAAAUAAUGACAAUCUAGUUUAUCCACUUGAUAAUAUUUUUUUGGUUGAUAUUCCUCGUCGAGUUUCCCCGGUUGCUCCUAACAAAUAUGGUAUCGACAUAUCGUUUAGUAAAAAAUCAAUCAGUAAAGAUAUUAAUGUAUCAUUUGCAAAACUAUUAAUGAAGAACUACUCAGAUGAGUUUUUAACUUUCUCAUCCAAUGAUUUAACGCUUACCGGUGAUACUUCUACAUAUACAUUAACAUCUAAUAAUAUCGUAUGGUGCACAUUUGAAUUGGUUUCAUUAGAAAUUAUGGUGGGAACGACUGUUUUUAAGAAAGAGUUUGACUCAUUCGAAACUGAAGAUAGCUUAAAGUUGGAACCUUGUCAAUUUGCUGGUUCAUUUAAUAUUGAUGUUCAUAAAUUCAUCGAAAAAAUUGGCGAAUGUAGUUAUCUGAAAUUGUGCUUUGAAAAUCCUGAGGAAGUGGACAGUUUUACAUUAAGUAUAACAACAAGUGAAGAUGGUGUUGUGUUUGAGGGUGGACAGAAGCACUUUGUUGUUAAAGAUUUAAAUGUCACGAGGGUUCCUUUUUCAAUGUUAUCAACAACCUCUAGUAAAUUUACUAUAAAAACGUUGCUGUCAUUUACUAGAGAUGGUGAAGAUUUUACAGAGAGUAGUAUUCAUGAAAUUGACUGCAGUUUACCAUUAGCAGUUACUGUUAAUGAUAUUUACCUAGAAAAAAAGUUGUUAUUUGAUUUCUCCUUAAAGGUAUUAGCUGAUGAGCCUAUAAUUCUUUGUGCUGCGGAGUUAUCAUCUACUUCUCCAGAUAUGUUCACCAUUACUAACGGACAGUCAUUUUCAGAUCAAGAAGUACUGAACCCUUGUCUCAAUGCACCAUAUCAGAUAUAUUUUCAAAUUUCCAAAAACAGUGGUAAGUUUUCUUCUUCUGAUAGCUUCAAUUUAUCAUUAAAAUAUCUUCGUUUAAACCAGUAUCUUGAAGUUAUGCUUCAAACUUAUCUAUCAAAUAAGUUGAACGAUGUGGAUUAUGAAAACCUAUGGAAAUCCUACAUCUUGCCUUUUUUGAAAUUCGAUUUGAAGGCAUUUGAAAUGUCAAGGAAAUUAACUGUAAUUAAGAAAGAAUCGAUGAUGAAAAUUCGAAUGAACCAAGAAAAGUCAUUUGCUAAACAAGAUAGACACAAGUCUCUUCUGAACGAGUUAACAUCGGGGAUAUCAAUUGAUGAAAUUGAAAUUAACAAACGCUCUCUAACUGAAUCUCUAGAAGAAUUAGUUAUAUGCGUAAAACCCCCAGCAAUGGAGAUAUUUUUCUCUGUUACAUUUUCACGUGUAAAUCCUACUGUUGAGUUAGAGCCUGGUGUUUCAUCAGUUUUUAGGGUUUCUAUAACUAGUUUACAUGAUGAUUGGGAAACUAAAGAUGAACAAGUAAAAGCUGUUUUCACGGUAAACAAUAACUCAGAAUGGGCAGUGGGUGGUAAAAGGCGUUUCGAAGUGGAUUCAAAACAAAUUACCGUUGAUGUGAAUCUAAUACCUUUAAGAAGAGGUUAUCUCAAUUAUCCAGCUGUUGAGAUUACAAAUCUAGAUGGAGAUUCGGUGGGUCAAAUUGACUACCAUGAUUCUAACGAUAAAAUAUUGAUAUUUUAA